AGGUCAUGAACUCGAGACACUAAAAACAAUAAUUGCGAAAGAAUGAAACGAGAGAGGGCGAUGACGUCAUGUAAAACAGAAAAGGCGAGUUGCGCUUCCCAUUAACGGGUAAACAAUUCUGUGACUCAUACUCUCUAGACCGCGUUGUGACAUGACGUCAUGGCGUGGGUUUAAAUAUAAAGAACACAUUUAUUUCUGAAUUCAGAACCUGUGUGAAUGUAAAUCUUUUCUUUUUUAAUUGCCUUGAAGGAAAAGUUUCUUACUUAGAGGACAUUGUGAUGUGAGGCGUACCAACCGACCAGUAACUUAUUUAGAUGACUUUGUGUUUCUAGGGCGUACCACCGUAUCCUUUGAUUACGUAUUCGAACGGUAUAUCCGCGCUCAGCUCGAGUUAUCGUAAAACACCUGUGUUAGAUGCUCACUGCUCAUAAAAUCUUCGAAAUCAAAAACAAAACAGCAACAACUUCCGAGCAAUUCUUUCUGUGAGUUCACAUUCUAAAGAGCAAUAGUCUCGACGAAAAUAAAACCAAACUUUUUGCAUUUUCCAAUUUCCAUUUUUUAUUUUUGUUUAAAAUAAUAAUGAAACAACGGUGCAUUCUUCGUUCUUUCUGUCGACUUGGUUUUACAUCUACGGAAAUGUGAUUUACUAAGUGAUGCACACUGUAUAUAUAUAUAUAUAUUUAUAUUGUAUGCUUGUAAUUAGUUUUUGUAGUGUUGCGUUUGUUUUAAAUGUGGUGAAUUAUAGAUAUGUUUUUUGUUGACUUUGUACCGCGCUUCGAGCCUUUGGGGAUGAAGCGUGUUUUUGAAAUAAACUUUAUUAUUAUUAUAUAUAUAUAUAUAUAUGUUGAGCGUUUUAAUUAGCAUGAUGGUUCGGUCGAGAAAUCCUUAAUUUUUUAUUAAUUAACUUUUAAGCAGGUAGAAAACUUCAUACAAAAACAAUUUAAACGAACCAACUUCCCGUUGAGUGUAAAUCGUAGUGAUAUACGAAUCAAAAUUGUAACAGUUUACAAUUCAUACGUCCCUGUCCGAGAUUCGGGAGAGAAGACGGGAUCAUACACACCAGACCACAAAAUGAAACCGAGCAUUGCGCUUUUGGUGAGCGCGUUCCUGAUCAUGGCGUCCCAUACGGCGUCCGGUGAGAGCUGUGACCCGAGGCUGGAGAACAAAACAGCGAUGCCGUCGUCGGAGCCGGACAAGGAGACGGCCGACGCGAUCAGGGAAAUCACCGGAAAGUUGGAGCGAGUCCUGGAAAGGGAGAGUCUAUGUCAGGACAAGGGGGCAGGUGAGUGGCAAGGGGGCGAGGUUGAGUGGAGGGGGGGGGGGUUGGGAAGAAAUGAGGUAUUUGAGAUUAAUUGAAGCAAAUAACGGCUGGAGACAAUUGGUAGCACUUAAGGGGGGGGGGGGGGGGGAGGGGGGGGGGGUGGGGGGGGGGGGGGGGGGGUUGGGAAGAAAUGAGUUAUUUGAGAUUAAUUGAAGCAAAUAACGGCUGGAGACAAUUGGUAUCACUUAAGUAUGCCCCCCCCCAAAUUAUGCCACUUCAUUAUGCCACCCCAUUAUGCCACCUCAUUAAGCCAUCACUAUCUCCACAAUAAAUCAUCCCUUCAUCACAUUAUAUGGCAACCCCCUUACCGGAAGGUUACCACUGCCACCACAUUAUAUGUCAACCCCAUUACCGGAAGGUCACCACUGCCACCACAUUUAUAUGUCAACCCCAUUACCCCAAGGUCACCACUGCCACCACAUUAUAUGUCAACCCCAUUACCGGUAGGACAACACUGCCCCCACAUUAUAUGUCAACCCCAUUACCGGUAGGACACCACUGCCCCCACAUUAUAUGUCAACCCCAUUACCGGUACGACACCACUGCCACCACAUUAUAUGUCAACCCCAUUACCGGUACGACACCACUGCCACCACAUUAUAUGUGAACCCCAUGACCGGUAGGUCACCACUGCCACCACAUUAUAUGUCAACCCCAUUACCGGUACGACACCACUGCCACCACAUUAUAUGUCAACCCCAUUACCGGUAGGUCACCACUGCCACCACAUUAUAUGUCAACCCCAUUACCGGUACGACACCACUGCCCCCACAUUAUAUGUCAACCCCAUUACCGGUAGGUCACCACUGCCCCCACAUUAUAUGUCAACCCCAUUUACCGGUAGGUCACCACCGCCCCCACAUUACACCAACACGUCACAUCACCACUUCCACGGGAUUGUAUCCCCGCCCCCACCACGCUAUGUCACCACUUCCCCCCUCCCCCCUCCCACCAUAUUCUGUCCCUAUCACCGUGAUGUAAUACCAUCACAUCUCACCUCUAAGCCUCCGAUCCUUACCUAUCAACCCUACCGUUGUUCCACCCCCUUCCCUUCCUUUAGGAUUCGCCACCCCGUGCUUCGACCCGGUCAGCAGCCAGUCCGCCUUGUCUCAGAUGUGUGACAAGAUCGCCAGCCUGGAGACCACCAUCUACAGACUGACCAAACAGGUCCUGGCCAUCCCGCCGCUGGCCAACUCAAACCCUGGACACAACAACCCGUCGGGCGGGGACAUCGACAAACUCAAGAAGGACGUUGGUAAUGCAUGGGGGUCAUGGGGUUAAUGUUAGGGAACAUUUUGGAAGUCAUGAGCAGUACACUAUGCCAUUAUGGGCUAUGCUAUACCAUUAUGGGCUAUACUAUACCAUUAUGAGCUACACUAUACCAUUAUAGGCUAAACUAUACCAUUAUGAGCUAUACCAUACCAUUAUGAGCUAUGCUAUACCAUAAUGAGCUAUACUACACAAUUGUGAGCUAUGCUAUACCAUUGUGAGCUAUACUAUACCAUUAUGAGAUAUACUAUACCAUUUUGAGCUAUGCUAUACCAUUAUGAGCUACACUAUACCAUUAUGAGCUAUACUAUACCAUUAUGAGCUAUACUAUACCAUUAUGAGCUAUACUAUACCAUUAUGAGCUAUACUAUACCAUUAUGAGCUAUACUAUACCAUUACGAGCUAUAAUAUACCAUUAUGAGCUAUACUAUACCAUUACGAGCUAUACUAUACCAUUAUGAGCUAUACUAUACCAUUACGAGCUAUAAUAUACCAUUAUGAGCUAUACUAUACCAUUACGAGCUAUACUAUACCAUUAUGAGCUAUACUAUACCAUUACGAGCUAUACUAUACCAUUAUAAGCUAUAUUUUACCAUUAUUAGAUUCAACAUCGAAUAUGUAGUUUGCAUAUAGUCGGCUAAUUUAUUGUAAGAUGGAGGAGCUGAAAAAAAUUGAAAUUGCUAGCCAGAAUUCUAGUGGCAAUUUUUUUGUUUUUAAACAUCAUUAUGCAAUCUAUAAUAAGAUGAUAAGUUCUGAACACGGCUGCAUUGUUUGGGUUCAGCCACUAGUGCAUUUUUAACACAACUUUUAGCUUCAAGAAAACCAAAACGCCUACUAGUGCUAACACAUGCUCCUUGUACUGGAAGUAUAAGCAUAAGUAUAAUAAGUAUAAGCAAGUGUAAGGUGGGGAGGAGAGGGGUGGGGUGGGGCGAAGUCACAGGAAAAUUGUGUCUAUAAUAAACCUUCAUAUGGGCUUACAAAUAAAAGAACGGCUAAUAUAAGGUUAUUCUGUGACAUUUUCUUUUUCUCUGUGACUUUAUUCGAAUUGAAUAAGCGAAACAAUACCAAUUCGUGUCUCGAUAGUACUAUUUUUUAAUUUUUUUUUUACUUUUGUUGUUUUUAAAGUACCGAUAUAACUAAAUUGCUGAUGAGGCGUUGAAUUACUACCAGACUGAACAAAUGGCUGUGGCCGAAAUUAAUUUUGGUCACAUUUUCUGACCCAGCUGCACCUUUCUUAAUUAUAAACAUACACUAGUGAGUGAUAAAACCAUAUUUUUAGGUAAAUGAAUUCUCCAAAUAUAAGAUAAACAAUAAAUGUAAAACAUUAGUAUUAUUUAAAUUUUUGGUAGAAAAAUUAUUCCCUUCUAAAAUGGUAAAUUACAACAGAAUAAAACAAUUUUAACAAAUAAAAAUUGUUUCAACUUACCCGUCGACUAAAUGUUCAAUUGGCCAAAACAUUUAAAGUGAAAGCCUUUCAGUUCCAGCCACCUUUCAUUGUGUGGGUUUCCAAAUAGUAUAUCCCAGCGGUUCUCCACCUGUGGGUCGCGACCCCUUUGGGGGGUCGCAUGACCCUUUCCCAGGGGGUCGCCUAAGACCAUCUGAAAACACAUAUGCUGUACAGUUUUAUGAAGUAGCAACGAAAAUAACUUUGUGGCUUGGAGGUCGCCACAACAUGAGGAACUGUGUUUAAGGGUCGCGGCAUUCGGCAGGGUUGAUAACCACUGGUAGCUCCAAUAGUAAGAAAAAUUCACCAGAGCGCACAGAGCCCGAAUAAUGUUUACACUUCCCACUACUUAACGAACUACAUGUCCAUCAGUAACCAUGACGCUGAAUGCCAUGGUAAACACGUCUUAAAAUAGUGUAAAUAGCUCGGAAAUGAAAUCAAAAUGAAUUGACAGCUCGCUUACUUAAAGCCUUCUCACUGACGAUCAGCAGAUGAUUUGAAAACAAACAUCCUGUCGUCGAAUUAAAAUCUCGAACGAAAACGGGAGCGGAACAAUAUAAAUAUAAAAUCAAAAUACAGCCAUUAAAAAAAAAAAAAUUGUUGUUUUUAAUUUUAAUAGAACUUAGGCCGUGGCCAUGACACGUUAGCUUAUUUAUAACUAAUGCUGCCACUUAGCUACUUAUAUGUCUCUACUUGCUAUAUAUGGUUUCAACUAUAGGUACUUAUAUUUUCUACUUGCUCUAUAUGGUGUCGCCUAGGUACUUAUAUGUAUCUACUUGCUCUAUAUGAUGUCGCCUAGGUACUUAUAUGUCUCUACUUGCUCUUUAUGGUGUCGCCUAGGUACUUAUAUGUCUCUACUCGCUCUAUAUGGUGUCACCUAGGUACUUAUAUGUCUCUACUUGCUCUUUAUGGUGACACCUAGGUACUUAUAUGUCUCUACUUGCUCUUUAUGGUGUCACCUAGGUACUUAUAUGUCUAUACUUGCUUUAUAUGGUGACACCUAGGUACUUAUAUGUCUCUACUUGUUCUAUAUGGUGACACCUAUAGGUACUUAUAUGUCUCUAUUUGCUCUAUAUGGUGACACCUAGGUACUUAUAUGUCUCUACUUGCUCUUUAUGGUGACACCUAGGUACUUAUAUGUCUCUACUUGCUCUAUAUGGUGACACCUAUAGGUACUUAUAUGUCUCUACUUGCUCUAUAUGAUGUCGCCUAGGUACUUAUAUGUCUCUACUUGCUCUUUAUGGUGUCGCCUAGGUACUUAUAUGUAUCUACUUGCUCUAUAUGGUGACACCUAGGUACUUAUAUGUCUCUACUCGCUCUAUAUGGUGACACCUAGGUACUUAUAUGUCUCUACUCGCUCUAUAUGGUGUCACAUAGGUACUUAUAUGUCUCUACUUGCUCUUUAUGGUGACACUUAGGUACUUAUAUGUCUUUACUUUCUCUUUAUGGUGACACCUAGGUACGUAUAUGUCUCUACUUGCUCUAAGGUGUGAAGUGUGUGAAUUUUUUAUUGUUAGAUCUUUUUUUUUUUUUUUUGAGAUGUUCAGCUGAAAAAAGUUUUUAUCACCAUUUUUCUUUUUUAGAUAAUUAACAAAAAUUUAGGAUAAAACAAAACACAAAAUUAGAUUAAAGUAACUCUAAAUUUCGAGUCCAUCUAAUUUUACCCCCCUCCCCCCCCCACCGCCCCCCAAACUGUUAACAGCAAAUCUAUUUUUUUCUUAAAUAUCAUGACAUUGCUCCUGUUAAAAAAGAGCUUUCAUCAUUCCAGCGUUGUCAAGAAUUUCUUCCCUCCCCACAGCCUCUCUGAAGAGAUCGUCGGCCUUCUACGCCAGCCGUGUUAACCCCAUACCGGCCAACGCGACCCGGCAGCCGGUCAAGGAGUACAACGUGACCGUCAACACCGGGACCGGCAUCGGGUUCGAUGAGCUCAACGGGGUGUACAUGGCGCCCUACGAGGGCGUCUAUCAUUUCUCUCUGGCGUACAAGAUGGUAAGAAAGGGGAAAUUCCCCAAUGUAGGGUUUAUGUUGGAAUGUACGGUUUGUCUGGCUUGCCGUGAUUGUCUGCACUUCUUAUGUGGAUGCGAGCCUUGCGUGUAAUGUUUGUCUGACAUGUCGUGUGGAUGUGAGCCUUGUGUGUAAUGUUUGUCUGACAUAUCGUGUGGAUGUGAGCCUUGUGUGUAAUGUUUGUCUGACAUAUCGUGUGGAUGCGAGCCUUGUAUAUAAUGUUUGUCUGACAUGUCGUGUGGAUGUGAGCCUUGUAUGUAAUGUUUGUCUGACAUGUCGUGUGGAUGUGAGCGUUGUAUGUAAUGUUUGUCUGACAUGUUGUGUAGAUGUUAGUCUUGUAUGUAAUGUUUGUCUAACAUGUCAUCUGGAUGUGAGUCUUGUAUGCAAUGUUUGUCUGACAUGUUGUAUGGAUGUUGUAUGCAAUGGCAAAGUCUCUCCGGCAUGCCAUGUUUGUCUUACAUGGCAUCAUCGCGUCUCUGGAAGAUUCGGAUAGUGGCUUGUGGACCGCACAAGGUGAAACCUACCAGGGCAUGACACGAAAUUGGAAGAAUUUAAAUUUUGAAAGAGGUUUUAGAGACGUAGGUGAGCAGAACACGGUGGAUUGCCUCUAGGGAAGCGGUUCUCAACCUGUGGGUCGCAACCCCUUUUAUGGGUCGCAACCCCUUUUAUGGGUCGAACGAGCCUUUCACCUGGGUCUCCUAAGACCACCCUAACACAUAUUUAUGGAGUAGAAACGAAAAUAAUAUUAUGGUUGUGGGUCACCACAACAUGAAGAACUGUAUUAAAUUGUUGCGGCAUUAGGGAGGCUGAGACCCACUGCUUUAGAGAAACAUACCUAAUAUAAUUGUAUUCAGUGGUGCCACUAGAGGUGGGCAGUGGGUGCGGAAUGCAACCAUUUGAGACCUUCAUAAGGUGUUGAUUCCAAAAUGAAAACUACCGAUUGCAUUUACAUAGUAUAAGCCAUCAAGGACACCGCGUCACCAGAGCAGGCAGACUCGGAGGAGGUCCAUUGGUAACCAUGGAUUGGGUUACAUCAUGGGCUUUAACGCACUGGGUGACACCCACCGUAGUUACGCCACUGGAUAUGAAUCUCGCAUGUCGUACUUAGAGACCGACCGAUUUUCGGCUUCGGCUUCAAAUUUGGCGCCGAAAGUUGCCAAUUUAUCACUUUCGGUCUAGUUCGGCCGAAACAGAAAAGUUAACUUUCGGCCUAGUUUCGGUUUCGGGCAGAAAUCAGAAAAUCACUUUCGGUCGUGUCUCUAGUCGUGCUAGCCUUGCAUGACGGUCGAGAAAUGAUGUCUAAUCUACGUCUCCGCACUUUUCAGAAACCCGAAGUUGACCUCAAAGCCUUUCUGGUGGUGGACAACCUGGUCCUUGCUGACACUAGCGACAAGGAAGUGGGCCAGCUGGACGUCCUGACGUCACUGAAGAUUGGCCAGCAGGUGUGGACGGACGUCACGGCCAACGAAGUACAAGACGAGGCCGAGGUCACGCUAACUUUCUCUGGAUUUUUGAUAGACUAACAGAGGGGGAAAAAAUAAAGAAAGAGAGAAAGAAACGAUUUGUUCAUGGGAGUGGUGGGUGGGGGAAAAAAAAGGGGGGGGGAGGAGCUCUACAUUUGAUUCAUUAACAGAUAACAUUUAUUCAGCAUCUAGUGAAUGUAAAAGAUACCUCAAAUAAUGUAUCAUAUGUAUUGAUUGUUUGCUGAUUUUUACCGAUAACUGAUUUUUUUUGUGGCUAGUUAUAUUGAAGGUUAACGUAAAUAAGCAUAAACUUGAACACGCCACCGAGAAACUUAACGAAAGCGACGAGUUCCAACAUUUAUUUUAUACUAGAAUAUUUGACCCGAUGUUACCGGGACAAUAAUGAUGGGCAUUUUGCGAAAAUUUCUACCUGCUAAUUGCGAAGACUCAACGCAUAACAAUCCAUUUUUAUUUUAUUUUUAUUUUUUUUGGGGUAUAUAACUGUAUUAAAAUUUUAAAAAAAACUAUGAUAUCCCACGUCCUUGAAAUGUAUAUGUAUAAAAAUAGUUAAUCAGAAUAUCUUAUUUAAAAAAAAAAAAGAAGUAUCUAUGUAAUGAUGUUUUCAUUUCCUAACCAUGAUGGGUUUUUUUUCUUCUAAAAAUUGUUUAAAUGUGCCAUUAAAUUAAGAAAAAAAAAAAUUUUAAAACGAUCUAUAGAACAUUCUAAAUAUCCUUUAAAUUAAUUAAAUUUGAUAUUUUUGUGUCUGCAUUAAAAACAAAAAAAAAAUGUAACCAAAUUUUUGUUUUCCUUCUCUUCUAUAUCAUCGGGCGAUCGUAAAACACAAAAUUAUUUGAUCCAAAGAGGAAUCUCUUAAAACGAUGUUCGCAUCUGUAACAAACAGCCUUAGUUGUUCUUAUAAGAAAUUUUAUUAAUCUCAUAACAAUUUACACCCACUUUCCACGAACUUUACUUUUCACAAAGGGGGAAAACAAAAAAAUAUAUAUUCUCAUUAUUUUGAAUGAAAAUCUUUAACCCAAUCUUUCUUUGUUCACGCCCGUGAAUUAUAAAAGGAAUUU